AUGGAGAAGGGUGCUCCCUCCCCGCAGACCCAAAGGCACCCUCGCUCCCCCGCCCUUGCAAAGCAAACGCAGCAGCCCCACCUCGCAGCUGCUCCGGUCCUCCUUCCUCCCCCCGGACGAUCCUGGCCGCAGUGGCCGGCGAGCGCCCUUUAUAGGUCGGCUCCUCCUCCUCCUCCUCCUCGUCCGCCGCCCCUGAGCCCGACGGCCGCCGGACCAACGAAAGGUCUGCCCGGCAAAGCGCAGAGCCCAGGCGCGCCGUCAGGGGGCGCCCCUGCUCCACGCGUGGAGAAGCCCGGCUCUAUCCGCUACAGACAACUGGCUUCCCAUGUGGUUACGUGCUCAGAGAGGGCAGCUGUGAUGUUGCGGAAUGCAGAGCAGCCCUUUGAGAUCCAUCCUUACGAUAAGAGACAUCUGGCAGAAUUCGCGUCUGGCUUGGCGGCCCUUUCCCAAAAGGGUCCAGCCUCAAUCCUGUCCCUUGUUUGUUUCACUAGAAACGCCUUGGGCUUGGAUGCAGGAUUCCUGGGCAAGAGGAUAAUGAAAGAAGAAGAACUCAUUGGAGAAGAAGACGAGAUGCCAUCCUUCAGAUACCGACCAAAUGGUCGGAUGAGGACCAACUGCAGCCAAUGUGAGAAGACUUUGACCCUCCAGACUUCUGUGAAGGUUCUGUAUGUCUUUGUCGUCCUGCUGAUCAUCGUUGUAGCUGUAUUGGCUGCCUUGGUUUUUAAGAAGGUGGACUCUAUAGCUUAUGAUGUUACCUCAGCUCAAACAUACUAUGAGAAGAAAAUUGAGUCAGUCCAGGGCAAUCUCCAAGAACUGGAUCAGAAUUCCCCGGGCAACUGUUCCUUCUGUCACGACACAGGCCAGCUGGGCCAGGAGAUCAGCAAACUGCAGGAGGAGCUGGAGGAGAUCCAGAAGAAGCUCCUGGCCCAAGAUGUGCUCCUCGACCGCACCACUCAAGCCCACCAGAAGUUUACCUCCACCAACAAGGAGAUCACCGGCGAGGUGGACAGUUGCUCUUCUGCCAUUCAGCAGGUCAACCAGAGUGUGAGUCUCUUCCUGGCCCAGGUGCGAGGUUGGCAGGCAGCCACCUCUGAGCUGGGCAGUUCGCUGAAGGAGUUAUCGCAGGAGCGGUUUGACAUUGAGGCUGCCGUGCAGCAGAUGAACUUCACUGUGGGGCAGACUGCCGACUGGAUCCACAUCAUCCAGAGGAAGACAGACGAGGAGACGCUGACGCUGCAGAAGAUCAUGUCAGAGUGGCAGAACUACACUCGGAUCUUUGGCGGUUUGCGAGCAACGUCUUCCAAAACGGGGGAGCUGGUUAAGAGCAUCCAGACCAGCUUGGGUAUCGCAUCGCAAAGGAUCAGCCAGAAUUCGGAAGGGAUGCAUGACUUAGUCCUUCAGGUGAUGAAUUUGCAGCUACAGCUGGACAAUAUCUCCUCCUUUCUGGACGACCACGAGGAAAACAUGCACGACUUUCAGUACCACACACGGUACACCCAGAACCGGACGGCCGAGCGCUUUGAAACCUUGGAAGGCCGCAUGACCUCCCAUGAAAUCGAGAUCACCACUAUCUUCACCAACAUUAACGCCACCGACAGCCAUGUCCACAGCAUGCUCAAGUACCUGGACGAUGUGCGGCUCUCGUGCACCUUGGGCUUCCACACACAUGCUGAGGAGCUCUACUACCUGAACAAAUCGGUCAGUCUCAUGUUGAGUACCACAGACCUCCUACGGGAACGCUUUAGCCUGCUCAGUGCCCGGCUGGAUUUUGACAUCCGCAACCUCUCUAUGAUCAUGGAAGAGAUGAAGACGGUCGACACCCAACAUGGGGAGAUCCUCCGGAAUGUCACCAUCUUACGAGGUGUUCCUGGGCCCCCGGGCCCCAGAGGAUUCAGAGGAGAGCUUGGCGUAAAGGGGCCUCCUGGAAGCAGAGGACCAAAAGGUGACCUUGGGAAUAUGGGGCCACCUGGCCCCCAGGGAGCCCGGGGCCCCGCAGGCCCCCAGGGCCCCCAGGGCGAGAGAGGAUCGGUGGGCUUGAAAGGCCUCCCUGGAUUGAAAGGCAGCAAAGGAAGCUUCGGGCAGUCGGGUGCCAAAGGGCUGGCGGGCCCAAAGGGGGACGUGGGGCCUCCGGGGCCAGAUGGCGCACCUGGGCCAGCUGGACCUGCUGGGCCACCAGGAAGUCCAGGGAUCCCAGGCAAACCAGGGCCACCAGGCCCAAUCGGGCUGACGGGGCCAAAGGGGGAUCCCGGGUUACGAGGCAAGAUGGGGUCACCGGGACCACCUGGGCCUCCAGGACCAUGA